ACACUCAGUCAAAAAUGGCUGCAUAGCAAGACCAUUCUCUGUUUCUCUCCACUGCUUCCGUCUUAUGGCAUAUAUUUAGUAUAUCAUAUCAAUUGAAACAUUAUUUAUUACUCACUAUAGAUUACAGAACCACACAAAUUAUUUAUCAUGUUCUCACAACACCUCUUCUUGUUUUCAUGCCUCCUUAUAAAACAACUGCUACUAUCAUCAUGUAUCUGUCCAUCUUCAAUUACCUGUGGAUUUCUCGGAGAAAUUGAAUUCCCUUUUACAAGCACACAACAUCCAGAUUGUGGCAUGUUAGUAAUACAUGGUUGUGAAGACUAUGAACCACAAUCCAAAAAAACAAUACAAAACAACAAAAGAUGGUUCGAUAUUCUGAAAAUCGAACCAUUCACAAUCACAAUCAAAGACGACCAACUCCACGAUCUUUUGCUACAAAAAAGCUGUGAUAUUCUAACAUAUGAUUCAAUGUUCAUGGUCAACACACCUUUGGUUUCAUCUCGUUUGGAAUAUUACGUAACUGUUUUCGGAUGCAACAGCAACAACUCACUCGAUCUUCAACAAUACUAUUCUGUUUCUAAUUCUAGCUCCAUUUGUAGAGAAGAUACUACUACUUUGUAUGGUGUUUCGGAUUCGGAUAUAAAGAGUAAUAAAACUAUUGUGGUUGUAACUGAUUCUGUUUCCAAUUCUAAUCAUCUUAAAGGUUGUUCAAAUGUUGAGCUUCCAACGUAUUCAAAGGUUGACCGUCUUGAACCUGCUGAUCUUUUUAAGGUGUUAAGCGGUGAAAUUUCCAUCAAAUUACAAGUUUCUCAGAAUUGUUCUAGCUGCCAUGAUCUUUAUGGUGGUCAAUGUCUACUUGAUAACAAUGGCCAGUUUUAUUGUAAACAAGAGAAAUCUAAAAAGACCCGUCUUAAAGUGACAGCAGUUGCAUCUUCUGUUGGAGUACUGGUAGCUCUGAUUUUUUUGGCUUGGUUCUUGAGAAGACACUACUUCAACAAUAAAAACCCACCAUACCAAAUAAUUGAGUUGUUUCUGAAAAACCAUGGUCACCUUGCAGCUAAAAGAUACACUUAUGCAGAGAUAAAGAAAGCAACCAAUUCAUUCAAAUAUAAGUUGGGUCAAGGAGGAUAUGGCAGUGUAUAUAAAGGAAAAUUACAAGAUGGAAGUCUCGUGGCAGUAAAAGUAUUAAGCGAAUCCGAAGGUAACGGUGAGGAAUUCAUCAAUGAAGUUGCUAGUAUUAGUGUCACUUCUCAUGUUAACAUAGUUGGUUUGUUGGGAUUCUAUCUAGAAGGUUCUAAAAGAGCUUUGAUAUAUGACUACAUGCCUAAUGGAUCACUUGAGAAGUUCAUAUAUGAAAACAAAGAUCCAUUGAAGCUCAAUCUUCAAUUGAGUUGCAAAACUGUCUACAAUAUUGCAAUUGGCGUUGCUCGGGGAUUAGAGUAUCUGCACAAAGGUUGCAAUACUAAAAUUUUACAUUUUGAUAUAAAACCUCAUAAUAUAUUGCUAGACGAUGAUUUUUGUCCUAAGGUUUCGGAUUUUGGACUUGCAAAAGUAUGUCCAAGAAAAGAAAGUAUCAUAUCCUUAUUAGGUGCUAGAGGUACUGCAGGAUACAUUGCUCCAGAAGUGUUCUCUAGAAAUUUUGGUGGCGUCUCUCACAAAUCUGAUGUAUAUAGUUAUGGAAUGAUGGUUUUAGAAAUGGUUGGGGGAAAACAGAAUAACAAUGUUGUUGAAGUUGAACUGUCGAGUGAUAUUUAUUUUCCACAAUGGAUUUACAAGCGUCUUGAACUAAACCAAGAGCCAAGUUUGCGAAGCAUUAAAAAUGAAUUUGAUAAAAAUAUUGUACAGAAGAUGAUUAUAGUAAGCUUAUGGUGCAUCCAGACAGAUCCAUCACAUAGGCCUGCAAUGAGUAAAGUGGUAGAUAUGAUGGAAGGUAGCUUGGAAUCUUUGCAAAUACCACCAAAACCUUGUCUCUUUACACCUCCUAGUUCUCCCUCAAGAUCAUCAGAGUAUAACACUCACACAUCUCAGGAUUUGUAUUCUUCAAGCACAUUCCAUACAACUGAUUGUGAACCUCUAAUCAUACCGCCUUAGUAGAGCUAGCCACAAUCCCCAGAAGAGAACAAAAAAAUAUUGUAGUCAAAUGCAAGGCUUUAGCAGAAAAAAGUAUAGUAGUCUCCAAAGCAAUAGAAUUGUACAUUUCCUAAAAAGGAAAAGGAAAAAAUGUGUUGUAUCUCUCUUGAAUUAGUCUAUAAACCGGUCAUUCACUUCAUUGAACAAUUUUAGUUUUAUUUAUUUUAUGAAUAUGAUAUGAUUUUA